AUGUCUCAAAUUCACGCCUCUAUUCCCUCCCAACCGCGCGCAAAACAGCUCCGCGCGUGCCUCCUGUGCUCGAUUGUCCAAACACCCGCCGACUUCAGGAAACAUGGCUGCCCGAACUGCGAAGAGCUCAUGCAGAUGAAGGGGUACCCUGAUCGUAUCCAAGCAUGCACCACUACCCAUUUCGAAGGAGCCAUUGCAGUCAUCAACCCCGAGGACAGCUGGGUGGCCCGGUGGCAGAGGACAUCCAAAUACGUCCGUGGGAUGUACGCGGUGCGCGUCAAGGGCCGCGUACCAGAGGACGUCGAGGCCGAACUCGAGAACCGGAACAUCAAGUACCGGCCACGAGAUGGCACCGAGCAAGACUGAACACCGCACCCUUGCCGACACACUCUUCUCCUAGACUUCUUGUCUAGAUCACGUCUGCUCGCUCCACCUCGCUUUCAUGUACCCGUACCGGUCGCUGUAAUAACAGGUUUCCC